AUGGAUUUGUCUCAGCGGGCGCAUCCGCAUCACGCGCAUCAUCAGCCCCAGCUCUCUAACCCAUCACCAUCUCAUCGCCCGGCGCAUCACUCUACCUACAGUCCUGGUCCUCCGUCUGCUCUGCCGACUCUUCCUCUCCCGGGCACUCACCCGCCCUCGGGUCUGACGCCUGGCUCAGCAUCCACGUCACCGGCGUCCGUCUCACAUCGGCUGCCUUCAGCUUCUGCAUCAACCACGUCAAGGCAUCCUACUGGCGACUACCUUCCAGAUGCCGACGACCAGGACGCGUCGACCCCCGUCAACGGCGAUGAACCCCCAAAGAAGAAGCAGAAGCGCAACAAGCCCACCCUGUCGUGUCAUGAGUGCGUCGAACGAAAGACAAAGUGUGAUAGGGGUCGGCCACAUUGCCUUGCUUGUAUAAAACGACAGACUGAAUGCAGAUAUGCACAUGUCGCAAAUCUCCUCGAGGAGACAACGCGGUCCGCAGCCAAUGGCCGCCGAAUGACGAAGCCUCCAAAGAAGAAGCCUGGUUCCAGUGGAAAGUCCCCAAUUCCAAAUAUUGCUGAUCGAGGCAUGUCCAACGACCCAGCUGCGUCUUCUCGAGGUGCCAUUGCUCUAUCAAUUGGCCUCUUGUCCAAUGUACCAUAUUCGCUGCCCACCGCGAGCAAUGUCUUUGGUAUUGGAUCCGAACAUCCAUUCGCAAACUACUGGACCUGUGAGGGAGGGUUGCCAGAAGUGAUCUCGGUGCUGCCUGAAAAGAUCCAGGCCGAUAUUCUACUCAACCGUUACUUCGAAUGCGUCGACCCCGUAUAUCCCAUGAUACAUCGACAGACGUUUUAUGCCGACUAUGAGCACUUUUGGCAACUGAAUCAGCAAGAAAAGAACGAUACGGACCCUUCCUUUAUUGCAUUGAUAUUCGUCAUGCUGGCUUUGGGCACCCAAUUCGUGACAUCGACGACAUCUUCUCGGGAACGAAAGCAAACGGCCGAAUUUUAUGCAUCAGCAAGCAAUCAGGCGUUGCGGAUCGCUUCAUAUCUCAGCACCGCUUCGCUGCGCUCGAUACAGGCCAUGGUCUUGUUGACCUAUUUCCUCAUCAAUGACAAUCAUGCUUCGGAUGGGUGGGCGUUUGCGGGUAUCCUCAUUCGGCAGGCCUAUGCUAUGGGACUACAUCGUGAUCCAAAUAUUGUGACCCCAAAUGCCACGCUGUUUGAAAAACAGCAACGGAGAAAGGUGUGGCAAGCAGUUCUUCUCCAGGACACGUUCCUAACGGUUCUGCUUUCACUGCCCCCUUCGGCGACACAUACGGAUGUCUCAGUUGAGGACUUGCUUGAUGAUGGCUCCUCCAUCGCCAACAGCGAUCCUACGGAUACAGCAUAUAUCCGAGGAUCUUGGACUCUGGCCAACUUGGUUCAGGAGACUAUCUGCUCGCCCCGAUCACUGGACCUACCUAUCUGCACGACGGCAAGACACAAGUCGAAGCUGAUUGCCGACUUCCGCGCCGUAUAUCGAUCAUUCCCCGACGUGUUCCGUUCGUGGGAUCCCGACAGCAUCACGGCACUGGCCAAGACAAAUAAGAGAGUGGUUCGGCAGACUCUGUUCUUGACGAGCAAUUACUUUCAUAACCUGAUGCUGGUUCACGCCUCGGAAAGUCCCGAUGUUCCGGUGAAUGUCCGUGGAACACUGGAAGCGGCGCACGACGCGAUCACAGCGUUCUUCCUCCUAUUCACACUGCUCGAGACGGAAGCACGUGUGUGGUGGGUGUUUAAUCAUCGGGCGUUCCUGGAGGCGUUAUGCAUCGGCAACGUGUUGAAAGAAGCGGGUCGGGAGCCUGGAAGUGCAGAUAUGCUGGCGAGGGAUCCGUUGCUCGUGAGGGCCAAGGCGGAUAUUACACGGAUGAUUCAAAUUAUGCAACUGAUGGGCGAGGACUCGGAAGUUGCACGGACCCGAGUGCAGGUGUUGAGCGAGUUUCUGACAUGA